AUGAAUGAACCUCUCAGCACAAAACCAAGGAAUUUGAGCAAAACCGAACAAAUCUCAUCGUCGAGUUCUCCAAGUUUGCCAAGUCCGACUAGCAGCACUAACAUCCCUUCACCUUAUUUUGAUUACACUUCAAUUUCUCCUUCAAACUCACCAGUUUCUUCACCUUCACCUCCAGCAAUCUACCAUCCAAUUCCAUUCCACCCAGCUUCUAUAAGCCCUGAAUACGCUCCUCAAACUUGGCACAGCAGUGUGGCAGCUCCUCAUUACCCCUAUGGAUUCGUCCCUUAUGGAUACCAUCAUCAUGACUACGUUGUGAGGUCAUCGUCACCUUAUAGUGAAAGUUCUUUGUCGCCUCCACAUCAGCCAACUCACCCUAUGAUGCCGCUGGCCAUCAAACCUCUGCCACAUAGUGACCAAUCUUCGCUGAGUCCAAAUUCGUCGACAGCAUCACCGCCUCCUGAGAAGGUAACAGUUCGCGCUGACAAACAUCGUCAAGCAGACAGACAUCAAUGCCCGGAUUGUGGAAAGAGCUACUGUACCUUCUCCGGACUCUCAAAACACCGUCAGUUCCACUGCGCUGCUCCUGCUGGUGAUGGACCCAAAAAAGUCUUCAACUGCAAGUACUGCGAUAAAGUAUACGCUUCUUUGGGAGCUCUCAAGACGCACAUCAGGACCCACACUCUACCUUUCAAGUGCGAGAUUUGCGGAAAAGCUUUUUCCCGACCUUGGUUGUUGCAAGGACACAUUCGUACCCACACCGGAGAAAAACCCUUCUCUUGUACCCACUGCAACAGGGCUUUCGCCGAUAGAUCGAAUUUUAGGACCCAUCUGCAGACCCAUACGGAUGUCAAGAAGUAUUCCUGUAAGAAUUGUAACAAGACCUUCUCGAAGAUGUCUCUCCUGACCAAACACUUAGAAAGUGGAUGUCUUGGCAACGCUAAUGUUAUGCGUAUGCCGACUGAAAAUAGGUACUGAUUUUCCAUUCGUUUUCUGUCAUUUUACAAAGUACAAAUCCUGAAGAGUGUGCCUUCUUAGUCAGUUCGAUAAUUUAUGAUGUUCUUGUGACGAAAAUGAUAAAACCUUUAUUUUUAUAUGUUUAUUGUACAGUUGUUUUUCGAAAUCAACGUUUCUGUAAAUAUCUGAAUGCGAGUUCAAAAUUAGUCAGUUAAAUUAUGUAAAUAUUUGUUCAGUAUUAAUUGUUAGUUAUUUAUUUUCAUAUAUUUUCGAAAUAUUAUUUCUAGUCAUGGAAGUUGUUGUUCUUCCUCAUGUACAUAUUGCCAUUUGAUAGUGCCUUAUCAAAAUAUAUUGAAGAGCUAUUAUUAAAAUGUUAUUUCCAAUUA